AGCACUAGGACAUGAGUCUAUGAGAGCUUGGAUGCCACUGUCUAAAGCCCUUCGACUCACUUCUAAAAAUCCGGACGAGAUGUAAGUGAAUCAUGUUGUUUGAUUCGUAAGUUCGCUGGACCACUUCAGACGUCGUUACCUACUAGUACUCCGAAGUGAAGUUAGCUUAGGUAGGCAUUUUCAUCAACCGCCACUUCACUUGUAGUUCGACGGUCACAAUCCUCAAACUCUGCACCCAGCAAACAUGAAGCCGAAGGCCUCCCUGUCGACGCCUCCGUCCAGCAGGUCUCCCCCCACGCGCCAAAAUAACCUGAUACCCGACGAGCAAUGGCAGGAAAGCUGGCCCGACAAGUUCGUCAAGAUCCAGCCCGCCGGUAGUGGCAUCUCUUCGAUAGCAUACUACGCCAUCUCACGACAAGCGCUCGCAGGCCUACAAAUCCAUCAGCAAGAAGAACACCUCCCCUCAAUCAAGCGCAAAAUCUGCGUCGUCAAAAUCGGCCACAACGCCCUCCGCGACGGCAUCGCCAAUGAAGUCAAGCACCUCCGCCUGAUCAAACCCGCCCCAGCCCACCCCUUCUUCGCAGAGCUGCUCGACGCGAACACGGACCUGGAACACCCCUGGCUCGCAACCACCGCCAUCGUGGGCCAAACCCUUCAUGAUUUCCGCGCGAACCUGGGCCCGCGCGUCGACGACGCGCAGUGCUUCUUCUUCCACCUCUUCAUCCAACUCAGCGCGGCGCUGUGCUUCCUCCACGAAAUGCAGCCGUUUCCGCUCCUCCAUGGCGAUUUGCACGACGAGAACGUCAUGUGCGAUUUCCAGCGGCGGCGGGACUACGAGGGGCUGCCGAAUCUAGUGCUGAUUGAUUUUGGGAGUGCGUGUGUGCAAGAUUGGGGGAUGGAGUACGAAGCGGGGGAGGAGACGAGGCCUUAUCAUAUCGGGCGGGAGGCUUGUAGGUUUUUCCAGCUUUUGAAGGAGUGGGGGAGGAGAGGGGCGGCGCUGGAGUUUGUUGGGGAGAUUAUGGAGGUUUGUGGCGAGGAAAUGGAGGUGGAGAGGUGUAGUUGUACGGGGCUUUGGCAGCGCUUCGGGCGCCUUGCAGUUGAGCAAAGGGAGGUGUAUGCGACCGUUGAAGUGUUGGGGAUUGUUGAGCGGGCUUUGCGGGUAGAGGUUUUGGAAAACGCUGCGUUGAUUGAGGCAGUGGGUAGAUGAGGUAUGUUACUAGGAAACGAAUCUGCUUACAUUUGGGUACCACGUUUUUGUUGAGACCUCCAUGGAUGACCAUGCCCUUAAAAAAAGAUCUGCUAAUGUAAGGAGAUUUUAGAGUGUAUGGCCUUAGUUUCUGAAUAUUAAAAGUCCAUGCAACUAAGAUAAACUGAAAGUAGUCAUCUCCCUUGUGAUCUUACCAAAUUUAUAUACACAAAAAACACCAAGACAUCAGACUCGUUUUUGGGUGUAACACUGUUUCCAGCAGACGGCGUCAUCUAGAUAAAGGCAUUGCAAAUGAGAUAUAAAUGAACAGUGCGAUAUUGUCGGUCUGCGUAUCUUCUUUCACAGCCGUCUGAAGUGGCCUAGAAAGU